AUGGAUUACGCCAUGGAUGAUGAUGAGUUCUUUGAGUCCGUGCCACCUGGUUUCCAGUUUUGCCCUAGAGACGAUGAGCUUAUCCACUACUUGUCUUUGAAGAACAAUAACGAGAGGCUACCUCGAAACAAGAUUCGUGUUGUCGAAUUUUACAAAUUCGGCCCUGAUACUCUUGCAGAGAUGUACAAACCUAGCGGGAAGAACAAAUGGCAUUUUUUCAGUAAAAGGGAAACAAAAUACAAAAAUGGUUCAAGGCCCAAUAGAGUGGCCGGGGAUGGAUAUUGGAGGGCCUCUGGUGCUGACAAGUCCAUCAUACUCAGAGAUAAGGAAAUCGGCUUCAAAAAGUCGUUAGGUUAUUUCAGGGGAAAACCCGGGAAAAGUACCAAGACCGAUUGGCUAAUGACUGAAUUCCUCCUCACCAAAGAUAACCGUGCACCCGUUGUUCAAACACAAGAAAGCAACACGAAGCUAGACAAUUGGGUCUUGUGCGUAAUAUACAAGAAAAUCGUGAAGGAAGAAGGGCGCAACCGAAAAGUAAUCGACGAGACUUCUAAUGAUUCCCAUGCAACGGAUCAAAUCAUGCACGACAACAUAACCGUGCCUGCCUCCACAAGAGUCUUGGAUUAUGGAAAUAUGAUUCCUUCGUUGGAUAAUCAUCAAUCAGGACUUUUUCCGGGCUUUGGUUAUGAGGUGACGUCAGCCUUUCAGCCGAGCUUUUCUUUUCCGGACAAUUUUUCGGAUAUUCCCAUGAGAUUUGCUCCUCAGAUAUAUUCCUGGCUACCUAGUUAUAUUGGUGUUGGGAGCGAAUGUAUUAUGGGUCCCACAACUUUUGAUUCUCCUCCGGUUGAUCAUUGUGGGGUGAACUGUGGGCCGGCAUCUGGGCCUGAGGUGAUAGACGAGCUGAUCCGUGAGACGUUGGGCCCGGAGUUGGGCUUGAUGGGUGAUAUAGAUGAUGUUGAAUGGGACUCUGCGAUUGAUGAGUUCUUGAAAGCCUUUAAUGUUGGAAAACCGAUUGAUAUUGCUCGUCUUGUCAUUUUUCUUCGAACCGGAAACUUCUUGAGAUGCCGCCUUUGCAUCACGAAGAUAACAAACAGCUCCUUCACAAACGUACCGCCUUUUCUCCGGUUGCUCGGAAAAGCAGCUCAAAAUGUUAAAUGA